AUGACUGCGCUGCCCUGGCACCUGUACCUCACUGCCUUGGGCUUCUGGAUGACACAGCAGUCCAGCUCCUUCCUGCUGCCCAACGCCACCGAGCUCCUGUCCCCCCCCGGGGGCAGAGCCGACAGCCGGCUGUGGGGCAUGGGGGUCCCACGGAGCCGCCGGAAGCGAUACCUCUCCCCCCGCGACAUGAGCGUGAUUUUGGACUACCACAACCAAGUGCGGGCACAGGUGUCCCCCCCUGCUGCCAACAUGGAGUAUAUGGUGUGGGAUGAGCGGCUGGCCAGGGCGGCGGAGGCGUGGGCUGCACGCUGCCUGUGGGACCACGGCCCCCCACAGCUGAUGAAAUACGUGGGGCAGAAUCUCUCCAUCCACUCAGGCAGGUACCGCUCCGUCGUGGACAUGGUGAAAUCCUGGCACCAGGAGAAGCAGCACUACUCCUUCCCCCACCCUCGCGAGUGCAACCCCCGCUGCCCCUCCAAAUGCAGCGGCUCUGUCUGCAGCCACUACACGCAGAUGGUGUGGGCAUCCUCCAGCCGCCUGGGCUGUGCCCUCAGCACCUGCACCAACAUGCGGGUGUGGGGCAGCACGUGGCGACACGCCAUCCUCCUUGUCUGCAACUAUGCCAUCAAGGGCAACUGGCUGGGAGAAGCACCCUACAAGAUGGGGCGGCCGUGCUCAGCCUGCCCCCCCACCUAUGGCGGAGGCUGCUCCAACAACAUGUGCUUCACCGGACUCAAAUCCAACCAAGUCAGCUGGUUCUAG